GAGUGUGUGUGUGAGAGGGAGAAGGCCUCGCCGGAGGAGGAUGGUCCCCGCGGUGGGGCUGCAGCUGACGAGCGCGCCCUCGACGCCGAGAUCAGCCAGGGUUUCAACAGAAUCAAAAGCAACAGAAAACUCUUCAAGAGUUGUCAGAAAUCCAUCUGGAUCCAUCAGUCUGCUAGGAUCCUUUUGUCCCAAGCUAUGCCAGAGAUGACAGAGAAGGCGCCUCUGAAGAAGCAGCAUCGAAAGAAAAACCGUGAAACUCAUAAUGCAGUGGAAAGACAUCGAAAGAAGAAGAUUAAUGCUGGAAUAAAUAAAAUUGGUGAGCUAAUUCCAUGUUCCCCAGCACUGAAACAGAGUAAAAACAUGAUUCUCGAUCAAGCAUACAAAUAUAUAACCGAAAUGAAGAGGCAAAAUGAUGAACUUCUCUUGAAUGGAGGAAAUAAUGAGCAAGCUGAAGAAAUAAAAAAGCUGAGAAAGCAGCUGGAUGAACUCCAGAAAGAAAAUGGGCGCUUUAUAUCGUUAUUGAAAGCCAAUGACAUUUGCCUUUAUGAUGAUCCUACUAUCCAUUGGAAAGGGAACCUGAAAAAUGCAAAAGUUUCUGUCGUUAUCCCAAAUGAUCAGGGACAAAAGAAGAAAGGAAAUCUGAAAAGUGCAAACAUUUCUGUUGUCAUCCCCAGUGAUCAACUGCAGAAGAAUAUAAUUGUAUAUUCCAAUGGCAGUCAGCUUAAUGGAAGUAAUCAGGGGGCUUCUGUCCAGGGAAUAACUUUUAAUAUCAGUCCUAAUUUGCAGAAGCAGACGGCUAAUGUUGUUCCUGUCCAGAGAACCUGCAAUCUGGUUACUCCCGUGACUAUUUCAAGUAUUUACUCCACAGAAAUCAAGUCAGGGGGUCAAUUCCCAGUUUCUCAAUUGGCUUCAGGCCCGUCAAAUCCAACCAAGGAGAUUCUUGAGCACUCUGCCUCUGAGAAUGAGCAAAAUGUAUCUGUUUGUACGACUUCCAGCUCAGUGAAUGCCUUGCCUGUCAUGAGGAUACAGCCUGAAAUGCAAAGUUCAGCACAAGAAGAAGAUACCUCCAAAUCUAAAAAUAGUCAGGAGAGCUUUGGGACUAUUGAAGAUGUGAGUGUGCCCAACGGCAUCCUUCCUUCUAAUGCUAAUGUGAACCUAUCUCACUCUCACCUGGCAGAAACAGCUUCUAAAGAAGAUUCAGAAAGUGGGUCCCUAGAAAGCUGUAUUGUUUCGACGCCUGAGGCAAUUUGUACCCCAUUGGUUUAUGAAAAACCCUCGACAGAAAAGAAAAUCCGAAGCAGUGAAGCACCUGCAGCAUCUGCAGCAGACAUCUUGAAGUCGGGAACAGAAACCCACACAUUACCUGCUACUACCUUAGAUAAGUGGCCUUUCCCCAGUUCCUCCAGUGUUGGUUCUCCAGGCUCACAAAGUCUCGGAGGCCUGGCACGGAUCACCUCAGCUGGUAACACCCAAACCACCUGGACUACUUUGCAGCUGACAGGGAACACUGUUCAGCCUGUAAACCAUACUCUACCCAACAUUAUGACAACCCUCUUAAAUGAACCAGUUAGUGAUGCUAGUACUAUAGCUCCUACUCCUAGCAGGAUUUUGGCAACUUCUACCGGAUUUAAUAAUCUUCAGCCUGCCGAAGAACAGACAGCUGAUCAAAUUGUGGCUACUUUGCCAUCCUACCCGCCCUUACCUAUGCAGCCAUUGGUCACAAAAGCACAGGUUGUAGCUCAGCCUGCAGGUGGCCUUCUUUCUCUGAACUCAGCUAUGCAGGUGAUCCAGAUGCCACAGCCAGUAGGUCCGCCUGUUGCUGUGCCAUCCGCUAAUCAAAAUGUGGUUAUUCUACAGCCACCCAAUGCCAGCCCCUGUCCACCAGUGUUAAGGACUGACCUCCCCAACCAGACUGUUAGCCAACAAAUUGUAAUUAUACAGACAGCUAACCCAAAUCCUCUCUCCCUGUUUUCUGCCCCACCUCCUGUCAGAAUGCCGGUGAAUGGAGCCUCACUCCUAACACAUGUUGGCAAUUCUAUGCAAAAUUCCUCUAGCCCUCAGAUGUUUGGGGGAAAGCAUCUUGUCCAUAUUUUACCAAGACCAUCUUCUUCUUCUCCUUCAUCUUCUGGCUUGACACAAACACUUUCAGUUGCAAUGUCUAAUCAACAGCUUCCACAAACUAUUUCUUUAAAUGGGCAGCUGUUUGCCUUGAAGCCUGUGAAGUCCUGUUCUGGAAGUUCAGAUCAAACCCCUAUGCAAAUUAUUCAACCUACUACCAGUGAAGAUCCAAAUACCAAUGUUGCCCUCAAUACAUUUGGUGCUUUAGCUAACCUCAAUCAAAGCAUAUCACAAAUGGCUGGGCAGAGCUGCCUGAAGGGGUCAGCCAAUCCGCAUGUCAAUCCACCUGCAGUUAGCAGCCAAAGCACACCAAGUAAGCCUGUAUUGCUGCCGUCCACAACUGCGCCCUCCUCAACCAGUGAGAGCUCUGUAUUAAGUAGUGUUUCGCAUUCAGAAGAGACUUUACCCCAAAAAUCCUCUCUUCAUUUAAGUGCAAAAUGUUCUAACAAAAACUCAAGUACUAGAAAAUGCUCAAUGUCUGGCACCAAUCUUGCAUGCCAAAUGAAUUCUUCCAAAGAUUCGAAGAAACUUAAUAAUGUGAAUGUGGAUGCUCCAUGUGAAAAUUCAGUAAGUGACAGUUUGCUUGAAAACAUGCCUGCUAAUGCGUUACAGAGCUUUGUCUUGCCACAGACAGAUGGCAGGAUCUCAUCUAAUGACACAAAUACUUCUGAUUCUCAAUCCAAAGGGGGACUGAGUGUUGAACAACACGUAGACUCUGUUCUGUCAUCUGACUUGAAUGCAAUUGUCAUGCCUCAAUCUUUGCCCCUCGUAUCAUCAUCAUCAUCGGGACAGUUUGAACGAGUUGCUCCCGUUUCCACAGGCUGUGAUUCUCCAAGACUUCAAACAUGCAAAGUUCAAACCCAUUCAAUACCGAGUUCAGAGUUAUCAGAAUCAUCCAAAUGUAUUUCGAUCAGCCCCUUGCCAUCCUCUUCUUCUAUCUCACAUUUGACAAUUUCUCAGACUUCGGUGUCAUCUGUUACAAAUGGGGGGAUAAGUGCAGAGAAUAUUCCUAGAACAGAUGUUUCGGAUAUCUGCAGAGCAGAGCAAAGUUGUUCCAUAGUAAUGCAGGCCACAGAUUUGUUGGAAGAACAAGGCCUAACUAAGAUGCUGUCUGAUUUUAGCAAAGUGGGGGAGGUUGUGGAAAAGAACUUUUCAGUAGAGCACACAGGCUUUUGCACCCAAAGGACUAAAUCAAUUCUAGACUCAAGUGAUGAAUUGACAGGGAAGGAGGAAGGCCUCUUGUUGAUGAAUACUGAAGAGGAAAAUCUUGCCCAGAGUCAUUCCUGCUCCUCUGAACAGGAAACGGUUGCCGCCAACAGGCAAGCGGACUCUCCCAUGUCUACUAGCUCAGGCUCCAGUUGCGGUUUCUCGGUAGCCUCCAUGUUGCCAGAAACUUGUAGGGAAAGCGUGCCUAAUAGCACUUCGGUGAAUACAUGUAACAGCUGUACAUUUUCAGAACAAACAGAUAUUGUUGCACUUGCGGCAAGAGCCAUUUUUGACCAAGAGACACUGGUAAAAGAAACAAGAACUCCUGCUUCCAAAGCUGAUGAUGUGGGAAGAGAGCAGUCUUUGAAGUCCCACGUAACUAAAAACGUAGACCAAAUAGAAAUCGCACCAAACAACUUUAAUGCUCAGAAUUCUAAUGCUCAGAAUUCAGUACAAGUAAACAAUAAUAGGUCAGCUGAAAAACAAAGCUGUUCUAUAGAAGUAGAAAUGUCUAGCACAGCUUUGCAAAUUCCAACCCCCCAGUCUUCAAGCACAUCAAGCUUGAGUGUUAACAAUCUCAUACACCAAACUUGCAUCAUCAACCCUGCUGUCAGCUGUUCAAGUUUACCCUCACCAUCAAACCAAGUGACUCAGUCCAUGACUGUCAAUUCAUAUAUGAAUCAAUCUCCAGGCCAGUCGCCAGCACUAAUGACAGAGUAUGCUUCAGAACAGCUGUCUGCUCUUCAAACCAGCACCAUGCAGGCUCCUCUGUUGCGUGAGCCACAGUUGAAACAGCAGGGCCAGGGAAGCCGCAAAGACUCAGCAAAGCGUGCAGUUCAAGAUGAUCACCUGCUUUCCACACCAAAGAGACAGAAACAGUGCCAGACAGCACCUCUGCAACUGGAAGACAUGGGUCUGCUCCACCAAACAUCUGAUAAUAUUUCAGAUCAGAAUCAAAUCCUUGUCAAUCAAAUCCCCAACUCUUCCAACCUUGCAGUGGCAGUAAGUAGUCAAGGGCAUACUGAUGGCCAUAGCAGGUUAUUUCCCAGCAAUAAUUUUGUGCCACCUGCUCUGAGGCAAGCUGAAGUUCAGUGUAAUUCUCAGCCUUCUGUCUCAGAUCAGGCAGGGCAGCAUUUGUCAACUAUUCAACAUACUCCUGCUCAGAGCAUAGCUCACCUUCAUAGUAACCACCCAUAUAUAAAGCAGCAACAGCAGCAACAACAGCAGCAAGCUGGGCAACUAAGAGAGAGACAUCAGUUAUAUCAGCUCCAGCAUCACAUUUCUCAUGCAGAAACAUCUAUCCACUCUCAAGCCCACAUUGUCCACCAUCAAAGAGUAAUGCAUCAAGAAGUACAAAUGCAAAAGAAAAGAACUCUUGUCCAAGGAGCCCACCCCACCACACUUCCUUUACAACAGAAGCAUCAUGGAAAUGACCAGCGGUCAAAGACCAACCAGUCUCACGCCCAUCACUCACAAUUGCAGCAGAUGCAGCAGCACUAUGCCUCUUCCCAGUCUGAGAAGAGCUGUGAGAAUCCUACAACAAACAGAUCUCACCAUAGCCACCCGCAAAGCCACCUGAAUCAAGAUCUUCUGCAUCAGCAGUCACCAGAUGUGGGCAACAGGCAAUCAGGUUCAGGAGUUUCUUCUGAGCAUGUGCCAGGACAUAACCAGAUUCAGAGGCUUAUGACCUCCAGGGCUUUGGAGCAGCAGAUGGUGUCCCAACCCAGUAUUGUCACCAGGCCAUCAGACAUGGCCUGUGUUCCUCAUAGGCAAGAAAGAAAUAGAGUCAGUAGCUAUUCUGCAGAGGCACUUAUUGGGAAAUCCCCAUCUAAUUCAGAGCAGAGGUUGGGGAUAUCCAUUCAAAGUUCGAGGGCCUCGGAGCAUCUUGAAAUGAGAAAUUUCCUGGAUGUGUCUCGGAAUAAAGGGUUGGCAAUUCAUAAUAUGCAGGGUCGAAUGUCUGUAGAACAUACAGUUGGAUCAGAUGUUCAAAGGCUUUCUGAAUGCCAGACAUUCAAAACAAAUGGCACAAAUCAACAGUCCACAAGCAAUUUUGAUGUACAGUCCUCAAGAAACAGUGAAAUAGGUAAUUCCAUGCCCACCCUCAGGGCUAUGCAGACACAGGCUUUUCGAAUUGCUCAAAAUGCUGGUUUGCCUUUAGACAGACAGAAGAGAUUGCCGUAUCAGCCGGUUCAGGGCAUUUCAUCAGGAAACGCUCUUCCUCCUUCAAGGGACAAUGAAAAUACAUGCCAUCAAGGCUUCAUGCAGAGUUUACUUGUCCCUCAUCUUGGAGAUCAAGCCAGUGGAAGCCAGCGACCCAUUUCAGAGCAUCAGAGAAAUUCACAGUGUGCGUCUGCUUCAAACGUUGAAUAUAAUUGUUCCCCAGCAAGAGACAGUAUUCACAUUCGAAGAGAAGGCGAUGGGCAGAAUCGGGAAAGUUGUGACAUGUCUCUUGUUACUAUUAAUAGUCGGAACAAUUCUUUAAAUAUUCCCUUUUCAAGUUCUUCUGGAGAUAUUCAGGGCCGCAACUCAAGCCCCAACAUUUCUGCUCAGAAAUCCAAUCCUAUGCGAAUGACAGAAAGUCAUGGAACAAAGGGACACAUGAAUGCUCCAGUUUCCAGCAAUGUUCAUGGUAUUAUCCGACCUCCUCUUCAACAUCCACCAGUCUCUCGUGGGAAUGCUGACCAAGUCCCACCAUCCAUUCGGCAGCCAAAUUCUUCAGCUACUCAGCGAUCAAGGCAUCCUCUGCAGGAUAGCAGUUCUAAAGUACGCCAGCCUGAAAGGAACCGUUCUGGCAAUCAAAGACAUGGUGGCAUGUUUGAUCCUAGUCUUCCUCACCUUCCUCUGGCUGCUAGCAGCAGUAUGAUCCUUGGACGGCAACAGCCUGCCCUAGAGAAAAGAAGCAGCAUUGUGAGAUUCAUGUCUGAAGGAGCACAAGUGUCUAAUGAAAGUGUGGUUCCUGAUCAGCAGUCUCUCUCCCAAAACUUUGGAUUCCCUUUUAUUCCUGAGAAUGGAAUGAAUCCCCCAAUAAAUGCCAAUACGUCAUUCAUUCCACCUGUGACUCAGCCCAAUGCUACUCGGACACCAGCUCUGAUUCCAGUAGAUCCUCAAAAUACUCUGCCAUCUUUUUACCCUCCAUAUUCUCCUGCCCAUCCCAGCCUGUCCAAUGACAUUUCGCUACCUUACUUUUCGAAUCAAAUGUUUUCUAAUCCAAGCACAGAGAAACCCAAUGGUGGAACUUUAAAUAAUAGGUUUGGCUCUAUCUUAUCUCCUCCCAGACCAGUUGGUUUUGCCCAGCCAAGUUUCCCCCUUUUGACAGACAUGCCCCCAAUGCACAUGGCCAAUUCAUCACACUUAUCCAAUUUUAAUUUGACUUCUUUAUUCCCAGAAAUAGCAACAGCUCUUCCUUCAGAUGGUUCAGCAAUUUCACCUUUGUUGUCAAUAACAAAUACUUCUGCUUCUGACACUUCCAAGCAAUCAUCGAACCGCCCUGCUCAUAACAUAAGCCAUAUACUCGGUCACGAUUGCAGUUCAGCUGUAUGAAAUACAGAGUUAAAAUGAUGGUA